AUGAAAUUUUAAGAAAUUUAAAGGGAAAUCUACACAAAUGAUGAAUUGUGUUUGUUCCUGAAGUUUCAUUUAAGAAUAUCAAGUGCUGCUUGCUUAACUUUGUCUAUAAUUUAGCUAUACUUAUCAAGUUAAUACAAUCUAUAAUUUCAUCCAUUUUUUGAUAUGUUACAUUUGAUGACAGAAAUGAUAUCUAUUUUAUUUGCAAUUUUAGGUUUAGUUUAUUCAUUUUCAUAUAUUACAAAGUUACAAUAAGCAAAUUGUUAAUAUUAUGAAAAUUAAAAUGAUAAUAUAUCUAGAUUUUUAUUUAUUGCCAUCUGUUUUACAUUAACAAUAGUGAUAACUUUGGGAGUCAUGAAUCCAAUAUUUUAUGGAAUAGGAAUGUAAUCUAAAGUUGCUUAAAUGGAACAUUCAUCAUAUGAAGAUUUAUAUUUAUUAUACUAAUCAAUGAAAUCCUAAAGUAAUUUAAUUAUAGAAGUGAUUGUAUCUGCAGCUUAAACAAUAAGUCUCAUAUUUAUGGGUUACGUUUUCUUAUUAUUUAGUAAGAAUACUAUUACCUACAAUUAUUUUAUUUAUUUUUUUGCUUUGAUAGCAAAUCUUGUGGCAAUUAUUAUUUAUUCAAAUGAAAAUGACAUUAAAUCUAUAAGUAUUAUUAAUCAUGUAAUAAAAUCUAAUGAUAAAUAUUUAAUUACUUAUAUUUCUGGAGUUUCAUUAUUUAUUGCUUUAAUAAUAUUCUCUAUAUUUUUAAUAGAUACUUUAGGAUAAUAUUAUAGAAUAUUCAAGAAUCCUAUUUACAAAUUUAUUUUAGGGUAAUUAUUAUUUGAUAAAUUAUUUAGAAAUAUCCUUAUUGGUUUUGUAUUUGCUUUGAUUGGUAGUAAUGGAUAAUUAAUAAGAAAUCUAUAAUAAUAUUAAGAAAUUUAUUUGGCUAAAGAUGAAUGUAGAAAUUAAAUGAAUUUAAUACCAUCUGAAAUAUUGGAAGAUUUAGGAUGUUCAAAGAAAUAUUUUGGAGUCCAAGAAUCUUUUUAAUUAGAUUGUCCAAAUGAAUAAUAAACAUAAAUUUGGGAACAUAAAGAAAAUGAAAAAUUUGGUUGUAUCAAUUGGAAUUGUUGUAGUCUAAUUAGUCAGAUAUUAUUAAAAAAAUAUAUAUCAUACUGCUUAUUAACUAAUUGGGAGGCAAUUCUCUUAAUUAUGUUAUCAUUUAUGCUAUUUUAAAUAAGAUUAGUACAAGAAAAUGGUAAUCUAUAUUAUUUUAUUUGACAGCUAUUUCCUAAACACUAAAAUAAAUUGCUCUUUUAUUUUCAUUUUCUCUAAUAUUCGCAGGAAUAUUUGCAGCUAAUUCUUUACCAGAUAUUGAAAUCUAUAGAAAAACAUAUGUAUCUCCUCUAAAUUACAUACCAGUAAAUAAUUUGAAUACUUUACAAACUCAUCAAAUGUUUUAAGUAAUUGAUUGGCUCCCUUAAUAAUGUUCUUAAAAAGUACCUAUAGAGAUAAUAUAAAAUAUUAAAGAUUAUUGUUCAAAUUAAUGUAAAUAAAUUGAUCUCAUUCUUUCAAUUUAAAAUGGAUAAUUUUUAGUAAAUAAAAUAAAUCAAAAAGAUAUAAUUAUAUCUUAAGAAGAUAAUGUUGACUAAGAAUUUUUAUAUCUUUAAGGUAAUUUUAAAGAAAUCAUUGAACAUAUAGAAGAUAAAAUUUAAGUGUGUCUAUUUUCAUCAUCUGCAGCUAUAAAAUGGAAUUUUGAAUAUUCUGAAUAAAAAGGAUUACAUAAACAUACUAAAUAAUUAGAUUCUUUAUUAAUACAUGAAUAAAUUAUGUAAAUACCUUCAAAAGUUUAAUAAGAAGCAUUAAACUAAUUAAUUAAAUAUUACAAUAUUUAAUUAGUUUUCUAUUAAAAUAACUUUUUACCAAUAGGAACACAAAUAACAAUUUAUAAUUCAUUAUUAUAUAAUUGUUAAAGUAUUAAUAUUAAUGCUGAGAAAAGUAUUUUGAUUAAUGAAUCAAAUAUUGAAAAAAAUGAAUUAGCAUUUUACAAUUAUCCUUAAGGUUAAUAUGCUACAAUUGUAUUCAAUACUGACAAUUAUCAAAGUUGUAUUUACAUCUAAAGUAAUUAAAAUAUUUAUAUACAUCCUAUUAUUCCAAUUUAGUCAGAUCUGACUAUAACUUUAUCUUGGUUUGGAAUGUAUGAUUUAGAUUUAAUUGUAGAAAAUAAAAUUUGUAAAGUAGGUAAAAAAUAUUAAAAUGAAUGUGGAACUAUUAAGACUCACUUUGAUUCACUUAUUGGCAAUUAAUAAACUUCUACAAACUUAUCAAAUGGAGAAUAAAUUACAAUAGAUUAUUUAUCUACUUAUGAUUAUAAGAUUUAUGUUUAAAUUACAUUGAAUAAGGAGGAAUUUAUCAGAUUAAAAAAAACUUAAUAAGAUAAUAUUAAUCUUUAUUAAUAAUCAAAUGCUUAAGUACAAAUCUUUGCUAAAAAUAGUAGAUAUCCUUAAGCUAAUAUAUUUAUUAAAUAAAUAGUUUAAGCUACAUAAACAAUCAAAGAAAAUGAUAAAUUUAAAUAUAAAUGGUUUGUUGGUUGUAUAAAAAAUGGAGAAGUAUUAAAUGUUAUUAAUCAAAUCAAAAUUAAUUAUGAGUGUUGA